CUCAAAUAAUCCACCUUAAUUUGUCUCCUAACCCACCGUGACCCUCAACAGCUCCCAAGGAUAGCGACACAAUCCUAAUAACUGUAUAAACGCAUUACCGAUCAGCACAAAGAGUAUAACAUCAAUGGCGCCGAUGAAGGUUUACGGGUGGAUCGUGUCGCCAUGGAUGGCUCGCGUGCUGGUGUGCCUGGAGGAGGUCGGCGCCGAGUACGAAGUUGUUGCGAUGAGCAGGUCCGGCGGUGACCACCGCCGCCCGGAGCACCUCGCCAGAAACCCGUUCGGUGAAAUCCCAGUUCUUGAGGAUGGUGAUCUGACGCUCUAUCAAUCACGCGCCAUCGCGAGGUACAUCCUCCGCAAGUACAAGCCCGAGCUCCUCCGAGAAGGAGACCUCGCCGAAUCCGCGAUGGUUGACGUGUGGGUCGACGUGGAAGCCCACCAGCUGGUGCCCGUCCUGCGGCCCAUCGUGAUGCACUGCAUCAUCAACCCGCACAUCGGGUGCGACCGCGAGCAGGGUGUCGUCGACGAGAACCUCGGCAAGCUGAGGGCGCUGCUGGAGGUGUACGAGGCGAGGCUGUCGGGCUCGGGCGGCCGCGCGGAGCACCUGGUCGGCGACGCCGUCAGCCUCGCGGACCUCAGCCACUUCGGCUUCAUGCGCUACUUCAUGGCCACGGAGUACGCCAGCGUGGUGGACGCGUACCCGCGCGUCAAGGCGUGGUGGGACGAACUGCUGGCGAGGCCGUCGGUGCAGAAGGUGAUGGCCGGCAUGCCGCCGGACUUUGGCUUCGGGAGUGGCAACAGACCGUAGUGUUUGUAGCUCUAGUGAUUCCAAAUGCAUAUCCAAUAAGGUCCCAUGUUGUACGGCCACUUGUUUACUGUAACAACCCAAAAUUGCAAAAUAAAGCAUAUGUCAGCCAAAAUAA